AUGUUGACGCCAACUGUAUCCUGUAAUCCAUCGAAACGCAGUGCGAUCUUCGUUGUGCAAAUCGACAAUAGAGAUGGCUCCGAACCCGUCGUGUUGUCUUCCCGUUAUGGGUACGACGAUGCGGUUAUAGAUCUCUGCAAGAAAGUCCGCUCCACGCCCGACAUCUUGUUCGCUUGUGUUGGCAGAGAUGAAGACACGAGUGCCCUGGUGAGUGGUAGCAAUACCAUCUAUGGCAAUGCUGCAUACGGCCAUGUUGAUGUGAUUGCGAGAAUGCGCUGUGACAACUCCGAUAGCUAUUCUCCGAUUUUCACGACCGGCACUGUCCAGGACUUUGACCCAGCUUUCCAUGCAGCAAACGGGUGCACAGCUCGUACUUGUGAUGUGGUGGCUGGUUAUAGAUACGCGGAGGGGUCGGUGAAGGACGGUGCGUGUGGGAAGGAGAAUAAUGCCGAAAUAGAAAAGAAGGCGUAUAAUAACAACAACGGUAACCAAUGGAUCUUGGUGGAUCGAACAGCCUGA